AUGACUUACAAGGUGGAUUUACUGAAUUCGGGGAAGAGUAUUGAGUCCAACCAGUCGGAUCCCAAUCGUUCACCUUCGAGUACAUCUGGUCCAGACCUGUGUGAUUCUCUCACAGAUGAAAGCAAGGCAAAAGAAACUCAAAAGUCAAGUCCAUCAAGUAUUAUUCCGAUCAAUCAGUCAAAUGGUGACCCAAGCGUUCAGGUGGCAACUAUUAAUAACUCUUGCAGUAGUGAUGACGGGAAUCUUGAGAGUAUGUCGACUGGAGGAGAGAGACACAACACUGGAUCCAGUUUGCUUCAUCAAAAUGGCGGCUUUCAGCUUCACAGAAAAAAGCUUAAACCCGAUAGACAGCUUUCUUUGCAAAUGGAAACAGAGGACCAGCUUACCAAAAGCGGCAGUUCUCGUAACUGGAGAGUAAAUGCCCGUGUAUCAUCCGAUUUGAGGCGGUGGAGAUUAACUAGUGCCGACCAACUACAUACGCUUAUAGAUGAAUGUGAACGUCUAAUCAACGGACGCAAGCUGUAUGUUUGCAAAUUUUGCGGAAAAGUAUACGAAAUCAAGAGCAGUAUGCGAUAUCAUAUGAAAAUAAUCCAUUUACAAAUGCACUUGAGGACUACAGAAAUGCAGUGCCGCAGCUGCGGAAAGCAAUUUACGUGCGUUAGCGCUGUCAACAGGCACCAGGCAAAAUGUUUACUCGCUACUUGCUCUGACUCCAAUUUGAAUUUAUCCAGGAAAUCCGUGAUCACCGCAGACCACACAGCGUUUGGCGUGCGCUCCUUAUCUUUCCGAACAGUGGAAAAUAACGCUGUUUGUUUAGAACGUGAUGGUGAUGCUCUCGCUGAUUGUGCAGGCAACUUUCGAUUAGAAAAUAUCCAUGACGUUUCAUUACCAAAAAGUGCAUUCCGUUUUCUAUCGCCCAACUCGUCAACAAUGUUUGGGCCCUUGCCGAACGCUUGUCGUGGGGCAACUGCAUACUGCGACGUCCAAAAGUCGAAUGACUUGUCGCAUGAUUUAGUCGAGUCAAAAUUCGAUACGAACGCAAAUGGAUUUGAAUACUGUUCCACCUUUCUUCACCAUCAAUACUCGCAAACGCAAAAGUCCGAUGCACACGAUCCCCUUCAGAAUUCGACGAAAAUCUGUUGGCCCGAGUUUCUGUCCGCAAACAGCACCGUUUCAGACUUAAAUCCGUUGCAGUUGGAAAUGUGCAUGAAAGCCAUGGUUCAAAGACUGAAUGUUAAAAACGAACUUAACAGGGCUCAAGAAGAGUUGAUAUGUAGUUCAGAAUCAGGUCCGGAAGGAAGUACAGACUUCCAUCGAUCGGAAACCCUGAAUGAUUCAAAUCCAUCUUCUUUUUCACCCGGCCACGCAUCAACAGACUCGUUCGAAGUUGGACACACCUUCAACGGAGCUAGUGAGGCAAUCGAUUUGUCAGCCCGAACUCCUUCAGAGACUAUCAUUAUAAAGUCACGCUAA